AUGACGGCCUCGCCGCCAGGUUCGCCGUCAGGUGCGCCUCAGCGACUCAGUGGCAUCAUGCGUACCCCCAGGAGCACCAGUCGUUUGAGCAUGAGUUCUAAACAAGGCGGAGGAAGCCGGGCCUCUGAUGAGGAUGGCAAGACGGCUGUCAAAGUUGCUGUCCGUGUCCGACCUCCAUUGAAGCCCGACGACCCGAAUUAUGAAUUAAUUCCGCAACGUUUCCAACGUUCCAUGGUCCACGUCACCACACCAACAAACUUAGCCGUGGAUGUGCCGCAGGGUCGCAAAUUGUUUGUGUUUGACCGGGUCUUUCCCGAAACGGUAGAUCAGGCUGGUAUCUGGGAAUACCUCAACGACAGCGUCACUUCUUUCCUACAGGGAUACAAUGUCUCGAUUUUGGCCUAUGGCCAAUCCGGUGCUGGUAAAUCCUAUACGAUGGGAACAUCGGGGCCCAAUGAACAGACUUCGAGUCAAGGAAUGGGAAUCAUCCCACGCGCCGCCCAACAUCUUUUCGAACAAUUGGAAGGUCCCCCAAAGCACAAUCGCAACGGCUCCACCGGUUUACGGACGCCCGCGCGAUAUUCGAUUAGCUCAGCUUCAAGUUUCAGCAAAGCGAACACCGAAAAGGACUGGCAGAUGAAAGCUACUUAUGUUGAAAGAUCUCCUUAUCCCGGAUUCACGCCCGCAAGUGAGCGUACCACGGUUACCAUUCGCGAAGACACGAAGGGUCGCAUCAUUCCUACCGGUCUGCACCAGGUCAACAUCAACUCGAUCGAUGACCUCCUAGGCGCGUUGAACUUUGGCUCGACCAUUCGACAGACAGACUCGACUGCGAUUAACGCGAAGUCUUCUCGAUCGCACGCGGUGUUCAGUUUGAACCUGGUUCGGCGCAAAUCCGCGAACGGAAUCACCUCCACCAAGGACAAGCGGAUGUCCAUGCCCGCCGAUUUACCCUCUGGUUCUGAUGUCUCCGUUACCGUGGAGAGCAAGUUCCAUUUUGUUGAUCUUGCUGGAAGCGAACGGCUGAAGAAUACCGGAGCGUCUGGAGAGCGCGCCAAAGAGGGUAUUUCUAUCAACGCUGGUCUGGCUGCCUUGGGCAAGGUCAUCUCGCAGUUAUCCUCUCGUCAAGCAGGCUCUCAUGUCUCUUAUCGUGAUUCAAAACUUACACGGCUCCUGCAAGACUCUCUGGGCGGAAAUGCGUACACCUACAUGAUUGCGUGUGUGACGCCAGCCGAGUUUCACCUCAGUGAAACGCUGAACACAGUCCAGUAUGCGCAGAGAGCAAGGGCGAUCCAAAGUAAACCUCGAAUUCAGCAAGUGCAUGAUGAGAGCGACAAGCAUGCCGUGAUUGAAAGACUCAAAGCGGAAGUGGCAUUUUUGCGACAGCAGCUCCGCAAUGCUGAGGAUAAUGAAAGGCGCAGCGUCGAUCCCCAAGACCGGUCAGAGCGUCAGAAUGAGAGGGAGGCUGAUCUCCAGAACCAGCUCCUCGAUGUUCAGGAAAGCUACAAUGCGCUCAGUCAACGACAUGCUAAGUUGAUCUCCGAGCUUGCUAGAGAUUCGGAAACGGAAGAGAGCACUGAUCCGAAUGACGCCGCGUCAUAUAUCGGCAAAAACUCCAUUGAAAGGUUGAAACGGUCUCACUCUUUUGCGGAAUCUGUUGAGCAAGUGGUGCUAGAAUAUGAGAAGACUAUCCAGAGUCUCGAGUCAUCCCUUUCCAAUACGCGAUCCUCCCUAUCGGCAACUGAAAGCACGCUUCUUGAGCGUGAGACCAGAUGCACGUACGUCGAAACCGUAAACACCCAACUUCAGGCUCGCAUCCAGAAGCUUCUCGAACGAGAAUCCGGCACAGAAACCUAUCUCCAUGAACUGGAGUCUAGGCUUGAUGGGCAGUCCUCCGGUGAAGAGAAACAAGCAGCCAUCAUUUCAGAGCUUCGUAAAGAACUGACUCGCGCGCGCGAAAGUGAAGCUAACUGCGAAGAUUACAUAACGACGUUGGAAGAGCGCCUCGCGGAAGCCGACCAAGAUAUGGAACUUAUGCAGCGAGAAGUGGAUCGCCUGGAGCAUGUCAUCGAGCGUCAAAGGAGCCUGGGCAAGUUGGAUAACCUCCUAUAUGAUCUUGAUCACAGCCAGCCGAACGGUAGUACAGCAAGGGACCACGAAGAACCGGAGAUGCAGACGCCUGUCAAGCGUGCUUACCAUCCUCAAAGGCGGGCAGCGUCCCUUGAUGUGCUGACUGAAGCCGUUGAAACCGCUAUACCGGAAUCUGAUGAGGACUCGGCUGAACCCGCCCCAGAGGUUGAGGGUGACACCCUCAACUCGGAGCCGGCUUCUGAGGCUAACGACGAUCUCAAAGCGUUGGAGAAUGCUACCGAUCUCCCCCAGAUCGACCGAAAUGAACAAGUCCAAGAUCGGACCCCUAGCCCGACUCAGUCCAGGGUCGUUGCGGAUAAGCUCGAGACGGUUACCCAGGAGCUAUUCGAUUUGCGUACGCAGCACGAGUCUACAGUAAACGAGUACGAGUUGCUCGAAGCCAAGUAUGAGCAAGCCAUGAAGGACUUGGCCGACCUGCGGCAGGACGCUGCGGACGAAGCUCGGCAUGCCUCACCCGAUGCCCGCCAGCUCAUUUCACCAGCCCCUACUUCGCGACCGGUGUCUUUUUUAGAGGAUGUCAAGGCCCCCGACUCGAAGACUGGAAUACAACAGUCCUCCUCGCGAUCACUCUCAUCGGAGUUAUCCUUGGUCGGGGAGCCUGCUGCUUCGCACGAAUCAUCUAACGCCAAGUCCGGACCCGAAGCAGAAAACUUUGUAGAUGCAGUGUCCGAAAACGACGAGGCCAAGGCACAGGAGGUCGAGCACAUGCGCAGACUGCUCUCUGAGCAUCAGGAAGGUGUCAGUAUUAUGACCCAAAAAUAUGCUGAGCUGCAAGCCGAACACGCUGAGACACUACAUCUCAUCGAAACACUCAAGUCCGAACUCCAGAAGCCAAGAGCUUCUCCUCCCACAACACCAGGCUAUAAGCCUGUGAUUCGGAGGAAGUCAAGCCAAACCCUGAUUGGAAAUGUCGACCGAGCGCAUCGCUCCCUAGCUGCCUUGCGGAACAUCGCAGUGGAAGAAUUUGACAGUCGUCCUGAUACGAUGCAAAACUUCGAAGUACAUUUGGACUCAGCUAUGCAUGAACUGCACAAUCGCAUGGAACGCAUUCAAGCCUUGGAAGCUGAAAACCAAAGCGUGAAGAAGGAAAUGGAGACGAAAUCGACCAUCAUAUCUGGGCUCACUCGUGAACGUUCCAGUUUGCAAGGUACCGGUUCGUCAGUAGAUAUGGGUCUUGUCUCCCAGUUGCGCGACCAAGUUGUCCAGCAGGAAAACAUCAUCAACGAGAUGAAGGAAGCCCAUGAGGCCAGAGAAAAGCUUCUGCUUGACGAAAUUGAGGAGUUGAAGGCUCUUCUCAAGACUCAAGAGGAAGCUGCUAAAGCAUAUGAUGCAGGUGCCGAGGAGCAGGACAAGAGGAUCGGCCUUCUUGAGGGCGAAUUGACCCAGUGGAAGACCAAGCACCAGAGCGCUGUUGAAUCCCUGCAAUCUUCAGAGCAGCAACUUAGCACCACGCUUGCAGAGCUCAACAGUGCUCUGGCCACUCUGGAUUCAAUGCGCGCCGAAAGAGCCGCUGCUGGUGAAGCAUCGUCUGCCGAGAAGGAGGCGGCCGCAAAGGCUCUGGAGAACGAGAGAUCCCAGCAGCAGGAGCUUGUUGAGGGACUGAAGCGCGAUAUCGAGCAGCAUAAAUCGACAGCUGCUGCUCAUCUGAGGGAGCUCCUCGCCUCAAAAGACGCCAGUGGAAAUGAAAUCGAAGCGCGCCAAAACCGUGUUUCUGAACUUGAGCAGGAAAUCGAGUCCCACAGAUCACAUGCUGAUUCAUACAAAAAGGACUUAGACUCCUUGCAGGAAUCACACAAAGCAGAGCUUGUCGAGUUGGAGGCACGGGCUAAGGCUGCGGCACAGGCUGAAUAUGAACUGCAGCUCACGGAGAAGGACACCGAGCAUGACAACGCCCUGAAGGCUCUGAGGUCUGAGAUCACGGAGUCGCGAGACGAACUGGUAAAGUUGCUCAAGAUGGUUUCUAACCUUCUGAACUCGGACGUCACCGCAGACAACCUGGCAGACCAAAUCCAGGAAAUUCUGACACAGAAGCAGCAUUUCUCUGAUAAAUAUGCUGAGUUGAUGGGCGCAAAUGAAGAUCUUCGCAAGCAACUGGAGCUCAAGGGCAAUGACACCGACCGUGUUGACGAGCUGACUAAGAGCAACACGGAGAAAGAGGCAAAGGUGAACGAGCUUGCUGUCUUGGUUGCUACACUUGAAGACACCCUCAACCAGAGAGAGGAGCAGAUCAAGAAGAAGGAAGCGCUUGUUGCGGAGAUUUCGGCCGAGAAGGAGAAGAGUGUUCGCCUCGUGGAGGAGCUUGAAGAGCAGAUCACCAGCAGUUUCGAUCAGCACCACAACCGUCUUUCCAUUAUACAGCAGGAGCGUGAUCAGGCCCUGGAGGAUGCAAAGGCGAAGAUUGUUACUUACGAGACGGAUAUCGAAACUUACAAAGUACGAAUUGAACAGCUUGAGCUUCAAAUCAAGAAUAGCUCAGGCCAGGAUUCUACCUCCCACGAUCGCAGCAGCUCUAUCACCUCUAACUUGCGGAAGAGCUCAUCUGCGACAUCCCUCCCAUCCCCACCACCUGCUAUUCCCCUUCCGCCUCUCCCUACCAUUGCUUCCGCUACCAACGGAACCUCUGGUAGCAUCUCUCCCCCAAGCUCUCGUCACGCUAGCAAAGAAUUGGCCAAUACCCAGGUCGUCGAGGACCAGGAGGCUCGUAUUCGCACCAUAGAGAAGCAUCUCUACGCUGAGAAGCAGCUCACCGCUACUCUGGAAGAAGCUCUCGGAGACCUUGAAGCCCAAAGUAACAAGGUCAAGUCUGACUGUGAGGCUUGGAAGAAGAAGGCCUGGCAGCUGGAGGAGGAGCUGACCACUCUUCGCAAAGAACGCAACUCUCAGCGCCUGUCACUCCAAGCUGUGGAAGAGGAGAGAAAUGCUCGCCGCGAAGCUGAAGCCGCUAGAGCCCAGCUUGAAGAGCGUAUGAAUGCGCUUAACAAGAAGAAAAAGAAGAGCACCCUCAACUGCUUUUAA